AUGUACUACCUCAGAUUUUAUAGCCUUGGAUUCCUGCUCCUGGCAGCGAACCCUGCCACUGUAACUGCAUUUACUGCAACUGGCAGUGCCGCAAAUGUAGCAGCCGCUACAGACCCGGCGGUUGCGUACCCUGGGCCAAAACAGUCUGGCGCUGCUGAAGGAUCCCAUCCAUCCUACAUCUGGCCACUGGCAUCCUCCUCAACUGCUACUCCUAAUUGCAACAAAGUCCAGUACAAUUUCCCUAGCGGGACGAAUUCAAACACCUCGCGGGCUGAUGCCGUUAAGAACCUCUAUCGCCGAUCAUGGGACCAGUAUGCUGAGUACUGUUUUGGUUCCGACCAAAUCCUGACUCUGACCAAUACUUGCGCCGAUGACAUUUUUGGAUGGGGUGCAACCAUUGUGGAUGGCAUUGAUACUGCGAUUCUGAUGAAUUUGACCGAUAUCGUGGAGCAGCAGUUGGCUCAUAUUGCUGCCACUGAUUACACAACUGCAAACUCUUUGGUCGAUGGAUUCGAUGCUAUCAUUCGUUACUUAGGAGGACUACUUUCUGCUUAUGACAUUCUCAAGAGCGGUUAUGUGCCCGAAGGGACUUAUAACCAGACCAAUGUCGAUGCCCUCUUAACCCAGGCAAAAAUUCUAGGUGAUAAAUUGAAAGUCCAAUUCGAUACGCCGAGUGGAUUACCAACGUCUGAAAUAAACUUCACGACUAAUGAGCCUAUAAAUUCUCAGUAUACCAGCUCUUUGAACAAUGUCACUUAUAAUGCUACCAAUGCUGCCGUAGCUGGAACUAUUGUUUUGGAGUUUGCCAGGUUGUCCGAUUUGACCGGAGACGAGUCUUUCUUGGAGCUUGCCUUGAAAGCAGAAGGAAACUUAAUCUUUCCCAACCCGGCGCCUGUCUGGCCUGGUCUAGUGGGAAGUGAACUUGAUAUCGAGACUGGAAACUACCUGACAUUUGACUUUGGAUGGCAUUCCCAGAUUGAUAGUUUCUUAGAGUACCUCAUCAAAACAUAUUACUACAAGCCAGAGUCAGCUGCUUUCUCUGUUAUGAAAGAUUUCUGGGUUUCUACGGCAGAAUCUACCAUCAAACAUAUCGCCUUGCACCCAUACAAUCACCCUGAAUUGACAUUCAUUAGCGCAGGUGAUGUAGAAGGAAACAUUGAAUGGUCGGGAGAUGACUACUCCUGCUUUGCUGGAGGCAAUCUUUUGCUCGGGGGUGUCUUUCUAGGUAGACAAGAUAUUACGGACCUUGGAGUCGCCUUCACAGAUGCUUGCCACUUAUUUUACAACACUACCGUUACCGGUCUUGGGCCUCUUGGAUUCGCUUGGUACAACGCCUCAAACGACGCCUACGAAGAAUCCUGGAACACGAACGAAACAUAUCGUGAAAUGGCCGAAGAAUUCGGUUACUUCAUCCCCGAGGGUAAUGAACAAUGGGACUCCUUCCCCGAGUCCAUCGAGAGCAUUUUCUACGCGUACCGAAUUACCGGAGACAGCAAAUGGCAAGGUUACAACUGGGAGAUUUUCGAAAGUGUUGCAAAGCAAAGCGAAGCCGGAGUUCCAGCUGCACCUAUUUCUAACGUCGAAGUCAACUAUAGCUUCAUUUCUGAGUUGCCCAGCUACUACUUCGCUGAAGUACUGAAGUACCUUUUCCUGUCCUUCGUGGAUCCGGAAAUUAUCAACCUUGACGACUGGGUCUUCAAUACUGAGUGCCACCCUAUAAUUCGUAAUGCUGGCUCUUGUGGUACAGACUGA